AUGGACAAUUCGUUUGGCUAUCUCAAUGGCCUUGUAUAUCUACAUGGCGUCCAUGUGCUUGUCAUUACGUCAUUGAAAUACAUGGCAAUUCACCAACUGAAAACGCAAAUGUCUGCUGGAAAUUCCACUUGUCCAUUGGAUCCAACAUUGGACAAACAAAAUUCCAAUGGACAUUUCCAAGUCCAUUGGAUCCAUUGGAUCCAAUGGACAAUUCGUUUGGCUAUCUCAAUGGCCUUGUAUAUCUACAUGACGUCCAUGUGCUUGUCACUACGUCCGUGUAAUACAUGGUAAUUCACCAACUGAACACGCAAAUGUCCGAUGGAAAUUCCACUUGUCCAUUGGAUCCGAUGGACAAACAAAAUUCCAAUGGACAAAUAGAGAUCCAUUUGACAAAUGGAAUGUCCAAUGGCCUUUCCAUUUUUCCAUCGGACAUCUUGCAUGGGUAUUGGACAUUAAUCGAAUCUAUGACGGAAAAAUCUUCAAAUGUGAGAUGUUGUGUCUGGAAAAAAUAAUAUGGAUGGUUGUAGCCUGAGUACCAGGUUCUAUUUUACAAUUAGGGUCUGACACAAACCUUAAUCUUGUCGCUCUCCACCAACAGUAAUGUUUUUAUUUAGUAUCCACUGAAAAUGCGCCUGCGGAAAUGUCAAUUUCACAUAAACAAAAACAAUUAGAAAAUUAAGGAAGUUGAAGUUUGAUUAGGAUUCUUUCAGUCUAUCACAGAGCAGAGAUUACACGAGAGGACGCUGAUCAUAUUUUUAAAAUAAACUAACUGAGCACCCCAUUAUACCUGUUCAGUGCAAGUAAUUAUUGCAGGCAGGUACAUGUAUUAGGGUGGGCAUGUAGUCUCUGCUCUGCGGUAGACUGAUAGAAUCCUAAUCAAACUUCAACUUCCAGGUAAGUCCUGUUUAAUUUUCUAAUUCUAUCACUCUUACCACCGCAGAGAUUCCGUGAGCUUUUAAAGCAUUGGGGCAUGAAUUUGCAAUCAACCCCAGAAUAGUAAUCACAAUCUCAACACAACUGUUAGAUUUAUUUGAUAGUUUCCACUUCAACACAAUAUAACGCGCGUACCAUUAAGUAGUGACAUCCACUAAAAUAGUUUGACCAAACCUGUCAUUCUCACAGUCUUCAUAGCCUUCGCCAACUUGUUUGUUAUAAUAUUUAUGAAAAGUACAGUCUGACGCGCAGCUAUCAGCUUCAUUAUGCUGGAGAUUCCCACAUUCCAAAUGUUCAGUUUCAACUCUUGGUGUGAGGUAUACACCCCGUACUUGCUGGCAGGAAAAUUAGGAUAGUUCCGCUUGCAAGUUGCAGGCUUGCAUGUUUGCAUGUACAAUUGUUGUUCUUGUUGCUGUUGUUCAUUUUUUAUUGUUGUUGUUGUUGUUGCUAUUGCUAAUAGUUAUAAUUCAGGCGGAAAUUACUGCUUAAAAAGAAAUUACUGUAAUACAAUCAUGAGUAAUUAAUUUUCAUAAGUAAUUAAUUAUAUAUGCUUGCAAAAUCACCCUAUCAAAAAGGUAAUUAAUGAAAAUAGGGCAGUUUUAAUGAUCGAACUUAGGUUUUACUUAUUUAAUUAAUUAACCAAAAUUUGCAAAUUCACUCAGAAAAUUGUGAAUUUGAAUUCCGCAAUAGGAAAAUGUACUGAGAUGACACCGAAAUAAUAUUUUGAUAGUUUUUCUUUAAUGAUUAUAAAUUAUGAUUCUAUUUAUAAAAAAAAUGUCAUUAUAACUUGAAUUUGUAAUUUUUCCCUGGUGAAGGAAAGCCUAAUUCGAGACCUUUAUGUUUUACUGCGAGUACGACUAUGAGAUUCGUUGUUUGCGCAUGCUCGCCAUAUUCUUAUGCAACUACGUGCGCAUGCACGCUAUAUUCUCAUAAUAUAAUACUUUUUAUAUAAUACCCUAUUGAAUUCUGAUCUUUUAGAUGACUGUUUAUGGUCACGUGAUGUUGAAUAGAAAAUUCCAUUUCCCAAGAGUGCAGUGAAAUACGUUCCAUUGCACUCUUUGCGAGUGCAAUUGUACAAUAUACACUUAAUGUCUGCACCCGAGGGAAAUAGUUUUGUUUUCCCCAAGAAUCUCUUCGUCUCGGGAAACAUUGAGAUUCGAGGAAAAACAAAACUAACUAUUUCCCGAGGGAAAAGACGUUAAGUGUUUUGUUAUAUAGCGACGAAACAAAUAUCAACAUUGAACAACAUUCAUACAACAAUAUUUGUAUUUCAUGACAAAAACUCUAUAGCGUAAACGAGUUUAAAAUUUAAAAAACCUACUUAAAUGGUUUCAGCAGCAUAUCCUGUUGCCUGUUGUGUAUUUUUCUUCUCUUUUACAUUCUUUAUUUUAACACAAAGCCACGAAAACAGUAGUUUAAAUAGUAUAAAUUUGUGCCGCCAUUUUGUUUAUUUAUGUACGUAGCCGGUCGGGGCGGGCAACAAUUUUUCACUUAUUGCCCGGGCGGGAUACAUUGCAUUUAUCUAAAGCCACGUGACUACAAAUCAGCCAAUCACGUUUGGUGUUCACACUAGCUAUAUAACAAUACGUUUUAUUCCAUUGCACUCUUUGUGUUUUCGAUAAAUUGCAUCCGUCAGAAUGCUUCUCACACGAAUCUAUUAGUCUGAUAAUGAAUGUUUAUUCGUUCAAUAGUAAGAAUAUUUUCAUUCGGUGAAAGAUGGAAUGUUCCAUUCAACUCAGCUGUCGCCUCGUUGAAUGGAACAUUCCAUCUUCCACCUCAUGAAAAUAUUCUUACCAUUGCACUCAUAAACAUUCAUUAUUUUAUACUAUUUGUGGAAACACCACGUAAUUUUAUUACUGCAAUAAUAAAUUUACGUGAUGUUUCCGCAAACAGAAAGUAUUACUUACAGCCCCGCUCUUCUUGUUAUUUUACAAAUAAACGAACCUCGUACUCGUAGUUGUACUCAUUAUAAAAUCUAAAGUUCUCUAUAUUAAUCAUCUUUUCUCGUGCCUUUUCAACAAAGUUAUUAAUUACAGCUCAAAAUUGCAACGAGUAGCCGAUGAUGCGUUACACUAUUUAUUGUUACAGUACUUAAAGCUCUGCUGUUCUUGUUAUUUUUAAUAAAGGUAUGAGAAAAAUGGCAUCGUUGUUGCUAUAUUAUUUCGUGGCCUGCCGAAUGCGAAUGAAAGAGAUUUCUCUGAGUGGGCAAAUAACUUGGGUUAUGAACCAUUUUCCUAUGUUGGCGGAGUCGUUCCAAGGAAUGAGAUAGAACCUAAUGUCAGUGAGGGCGCCCAGGAUGAUAGUGUAAUUACCUUUGAACCACAUAACGAGAUGGCGUACUCACCCAGGUUUCCAAAGGUGUGUGUACUGUAUUUAUUUUUUCUCAUGCAUUGUUAGGAAGUUUUAACUAAUGCAGGACACACGCACCAAUAAUGCUAUUUCAGUACGGAGUACCUCAAGGGAAAAUGGCAGCAAAACUUAUUUAUAAUUUUUCCCUAAUUCGAAAGAAUGUUAAGUACUAUUAAGUUAAGCGAGUGGGCAGCACGAUAGAUGGCUUAUAUAAAUAUACUAAUGAGGAUGAGUUUUAUCACAUGCAGUAUAAAGCCUCUUCGCGUGAUCGAUAUAUUUUGGUUAACAUGAUUUGCCAAUAAGCUUAUGAAUUAUUAAUGAGUGUUUGAAGAUUAAUUAAUUACAAAUCCUUUGUAAUCGAGAAUGACUGGUUUUGGGCGAGACAUUUGAAAUAGAACUAGAAAGACACGAUUAAGGAGAACGAACUUUCAAGACGUGAAAGACGCAUAUGAGAGGACAAAUACACUCUCUAAACCAGUUUAAUGCAUUUCUUUCACAAUUAAUCGAUAUCCCCUGCAAGAAUGAUACCGUAUAACUCUCAAAACAACGAUGCUUUAAUCAAAGAGCUUAAAUUCGCUCUGAAAUCUGUGAGGGAAUAACAAAAUUCGGCCAAAAUAUAUCCGCGUGCCGGGUUUGCUGGACAAAAAGCGGAAGUCGUUGAACAACUCAACCCUGAUUGGAGAACGAGUAUCAACAAAAAUUUCAAAUUUUUCUCCACUGGGAGAGGGGACAGUACUUGGAACAGUACUGUAAUAAUUUGAAUCAAAACAAUUCAUUUUGUGUUGCUGAUACUUCUAAUGUCCUAUCGACUGAUUUAACUACGUUUGUAUUCUUACACAGUAGCAUGUGUACAGUUAUUGGUGCCUUUGACAUAUAUAAAUAUAUUAUUACUGUAAGCAUUAAGCGAAAAAUCGAGGAUAGUUUUGUGAGACAUAUGCCAAGUCUGGGCUAUUUUGGUCUCAAUGUUUCCUUCCUUCCCUCGUUAUAAGGAAGGCACAGGCUGGCGCGGACAAAUCGAGCCUGGGUCUCCUGUGUCCUAACAACAAGGAACAGUGCGUUAGAUGUCUUUUAUCUCUCAAGAGAAAGUUACUUCGGAACAACACAGUCAGGAAAGAAUAUACAGAAUUUAUGAGAAAGAUUUUUGAUCGUGGGCAUGCAAGCUACGUACCAGAAGAACAACCGACCAAAGUAUGGUACCUCAUCACCCUAGAAAACCAGAACAAAUCCGAGUGGUCUUCGAUUGCAUCGCACCUUUUGACAACCAGUUCUUAAAUAAGCUCUUGCUGCGAGGACCAGAUCUAAUGAACAGUUUGAUCGGCGCCCUAAUGAUAUUUCGCAAAGAAUAUGUGUCGCCAUCACGUACGACAUUGAACAAAUGUUUCAUAGUUUGUAUGUUAUUCUCAAACACCGCAAUUUCCUUCGUUUCUUGUGGUUUAAAGAUAACCAACUCGAUGGACAGAUAGUGGAAUGUCGAAUGAAUGUACAUCUAGCUUUUCGGGCAACUUCUUCUCCUAGCGCCGCUAAUUUCAGUUUACAAAAACAGAUAUUGGACGAGAACAACUUGGAAAUGGAGCUGCAUGCAAACUUUUUCCAAACCGAUUUCUACGCAGAUGAUGGAUAUACAUCUGUAUCAACCAACAAAGAAGCUAUUGAUCUGAUUCAAACAACCCAAGCAAUGUAAGUAAUCGACGAGAAGUUCUAGAAUCGUUUGCAGUAGAUGAUCGAGUCAAAUAUCUUAAAUACAUCGAUCUUCUGCCAGUUCAACAUUGAACAUCGACAUUGACGUUCUGCCAGUUCAAAGAUCGGUGAGAACAUCCUGGUGUAUAGAGUCCGACACUCUUGGCCUUCGUAUAGAACUGAAAGAUAAACCUGCCACAGGCCUCUCCACAAUUUGCUCGGUCUACCACCCUCUUGAUAUACAACAAUCUGCAAACUGUCUUCUAUACAGACUCAGAAAUUGCAUUGGGUUACAUCAAUAACGAAGCCCACCGUUUCCAAUACUACGUCGGGAACAGAGUCCAACAUAUCCGCAAUCGCACCGACCCAGAGCAGUUGCACCGUGCUAGUGGUAAAAACAACCCAGCUGACGAGACUCCUAUAUAGUGGUCUUGCUGUUCGAGAAAUACUUGACCACCAGGGACCGGUUUUAUAAAACUCUUAAUCACUUUUUAAUCAGUAUUUUCUAGUUAAAUAGUGGUUAAAUAUAACCACGUAGUUAACUAGUCUGUUAAGUCGGUUGAAUAAAAAGGUAGUUCGCGUUAACUGUAGUUAAAAUGUAGUUAAAGUUAACCAUGCUGUAGGGUGUCGUUAACUUCUUAAAACGUAGUUCAAAAUGGCGCUUGCAUGUUUUUUGUUUGUUUUCUUUGGGGUUUUUUUAUCAGCUUUAUUGGACGUGCAUAUAAAAGGUUACAUAUUAUUAUACAAACAAAGAAAAUUACAGGGUAUACGUCCAAUGGGGCUAGCGCAAACGGGACAACGAGACCCAUGCAGGGCGCCACCCCUAAACUAAACUAAACUAGUGAAAACAAACCUAUUGACUAUACAGAAUAUAUACAUAUUAACUUAGGACUUAAGUACGGUGACAAGGGCAGUCUCUUAUGAGCGACCAAGUAUAUGUCAUCUCUACAUUAAAAGUACUGUUCACCAAGGCGGUGUAUGUCUUGUGCAAAAAGCUUUUAAAAAUAUUUAGACUGGCAAACUUUUCUGGAGAGGCUAUUUUACAUAUAUAGUUCCAAGGCUUUACUAUUCUAUUAAAAAAAACGAUGCCUGAAAGGUGGAUGUUUUACAACAGGAGUGUUUUAGCAUUAGGGUUAGAUUUUGUGCGCGAGAUCGAUUGUGCUCUACGAAGGUUAAAAGUUGAUUAAUGUUUAAAUCGGUAUGACCAAAAAUACAUUUAUAAACCAACACAAGAUCUCUGAUUUCUCGAUCAUAAGUUAGUGGCAAUAGGUUUAGAGAUUUCAGGCUGUCUUCAUAUGACAGCUCACCAAGUUUAGUUCUUAGAAUCCAUCGAGUUGCCCGUCUCUGUACUCGUUCUAAGAGAAUAUGAAACGUUGCGUUUGAAGGUAACCAAACCUCAGUUGCGUAGCACAGCUGCGACUUUACCAUAGCUAGAUAAAGUCUUCGUCUAACUUUGGUGUCUGUGAUGAGAGGACAUGUUCUUUUCAGGAAACCGAGCAUCCUGUUAGCUUUGCUGACGAUUGAGGAGAUGUGGUUGUCCCAAGAUAGGUUGCUAUCGACGAUAACUCCUAGGUCGUUUUCCUGUUGAACGCGUUGUAAAAUGGCGUUGUCCAGGUGGUAGUCCGUAAGUACAGGCGAUUUCUUCCGAGUGACCGUUCAUACCUUACACUUGGAGGCAUUAAACUUCAUAUUGGAGUUAUGACUCCAAGUAUUUAGGUUCGAUAUGUCACGUUGCAGGUUCUCACAGUCACUUCGGGACGAAAUAGAGCGGUAUAAUUUUGUGUCAUCUGCAUAGAGAGCUGAACUCGUCUGUUCCUGGAUAGAGUCUGGUAAGUCAUUGAUAAAGAUGACAAACAGCAGAGGUCCAACAAGGCUUCCUUGGGGCACACCAGACGUGACUGGUAGGUACUGAGAGGCAACACCGUCUAUCACAACUCUCUGAUAUCUAUGGUUGAGAUAGUCCUUAAACCAGUUAAGGGGUUGACCCGUUACGCCAUACCAUUUAAGUUUCUGGAUAAGAAUGACAUGGUCUACAGAAUCAAACGCCUUAGCGAAAUCAAGAUAAAGCAUAUCAGUUUGAGUGUUCCGGUCGAGUGAUUUACCAAUAGAGUGGAGAACAGGCAGGAGUUGUGUCACACAAGAACGAUUACGCAUGAAACCGUGCUGAAGUUCGGUGAUUAGACGUGACACGUUGGCAUAGAACCUGUUGCAGACGCAGCGUUCCAUCACUUUACUAACUAUUGACAAUAAAGAGAUGAGUCUGUAGUUUCCAGCAGGUUCCUUCAGAUCUUUCUUGUGCACAGGUGUUACGUCUGCAUUCUUUCAUUCGGCUGGAAAACGCCCAGUGCGCAGAGAGUGGUUGAAUAAAGCACAUAAACUUGGUGCGACUUCCUUGCAACAUUGUUUUAGAAUGUGUGCAGGAAUCCCAUCUGGACCGGAGGCUUUAGAUGAAUCUAAGCCAGCCAAGCAAAGUUCCACUUCUUCCACAGACAGCUGCACAUCGGAGAUUUCAACAUCUGAUCGAUUGGGGUUAGAGGGCAUCGUCCUGGGCACGGUGUUGGGAGAAGUAAACACAGAGCAAAAGUACUUGUUAAAGAGCUCAGCUUUUUCUCCGGACGUCUUGGCUGUUUGACCAUUAUGCGUAAUGACAGAGUCGACUCCUGAGCGAUGAUGUAAUACCGCUUUAUGAUAGCUCCUGAACAGUUUUGGAUUUUCACAGAAAGAACCCACGAUUUUGUCGAGGUAAUCACGAUGUUUAUGCCUGACAAGGAUUUUGAUCUCAUUACUUGAUCUCAUUACUUACAUCUAAGUUUACGUUUUACGUUUGCGUUUGCCUGAUUUCUCCAUCAAUCCAUGGAGGAGAGUUUGUGUCUUUUAUAACUUUAACAGGCACACAUUUUUCUACUGCAGCUAAAAAUAAUGCUUUCCAGCAAAACCAGUAGAGAUCAACAUCAUCAGAGACGGACUUGUCUAAUGCGUUAAGCUGCAGACGGUUACGAAGGGCCUCGAAAUCUGCUCUCUUGUAGUUGUACGCUUUACGUUGCACACGCUUUGCUCGCUUGAACUUCAGCCGUAUAGAGAAAUCUACUAGGUAGUGAUCAGAGGGGAAAUUACUUUCCACUGGAGUGAAAGUGGAGACGUGGUCGAUAACUUCCGGACAGUUGGAGAGAAGCAAGUCGAGUUUGUUUCCUGCUAUAUGAGUAGGGCCUUUAAUGAAUUGAGUGAGGAAGUUAUCUUUUGUUAGGACGCAGAAUUCAUUGUCCUUCUGAGGCCCGCCGAUGUUAGUAGGGGCGGAUUAAUGGGAGUGAACAACAUUUUUCAGUAAAACAAUAAUGAAAAACAAUGUUUACAUGGGAUUUUCAAUCGCCAUCUUCCCUCUGAAUGUUUCCUGACAAUAUAAACUCUUGAAACGCCAUCGCUUUGAUUUUUUUGCUAAAACAAAAUAUAGUUUUGCACGGGAAGAUUUCUCGAAGACGACGUAGGGCCCAUUACACGAAGAAACAUGAUAUAAAAUUGCCAAACGAUUACACUUUGGUAUAACGUAGACAUCUCAAGUAAAAACGGCCUGCUUCGUUGAGAUUUCCUUGUUUUCGUCUUUAUUUUUCACUAUUUUGAAUAAAAUUCCCGCCCUAUUUGCAAAAUGCGAUUCCAAUAUCGAUCACGUUAAAAAUGCUUGUAAGCCGUCGUUAAUUACUAAAUUACUCUUUACUUUAUGCAAUUUUUCUGUUUAACCACUCCGCGCAAAACUACGUGAUUAUAGUUAAUCACCAAUAAACUACGUUUUGUGCAACGCAAUUAAUUCGUGUAGUUUUAACUGAUCAUAGGUAAGGAUUUAACUAUAUAUAGUGAUUAACGCGAAUCAUAGUUAAAGUUAACAACGUUUUUACUCAACUGGUAUAGAUCCCCGAAUGAACGGCCCACAACUGAACGACAGUUACGUAGAAGUAAAGACAAUUGGCGUGUCAUUGUCACUGAUCUCCAACGCUGUGCAUGGGUCUUUUGGACGAGAAGCAACCAACAGAAGCUCUUCCGUACAGGUAUAUAUUUCCAUGCAACCUAAAUCUAAAGUAUUUCGAUCGUUUUUCUUCGUUGCAUCAAGUAAGGAAACGAUUAGCUCAGAUCAAGAGAGGAGUCGCAAGUCUCAAACGGAAACAUGAAGAUUGGAAUCUCAUAAAAAGAUCUGUCAGCACAGCAGCGCCUCAGAAAGAAACAGCAACGGCAGCAAUCUCCGUUGGUGAACUGCUUAAUCAGAUAUUGUUAUUCUACCACGGGCAAUAGGACAGGUGUAGUGUUGUUAAAUAGAAAGUUAGAAAUGGUAUUGUACUUACUCAUGUAUUAUAAUUAUGUUUAAAAGAUCAGAAUGUUCAUAACUUCUUAUUUUGUUUCAUAAAUAGUUCUUUAAUAUUCGAAACAAAUUCCAUAUCUGCUUCGUCUGCCAUCGCCAUGUUUACUCGUCCCAAUCUACAUGCUGCACGGCAUUGCCACCCCUCCUGGCAAAAUAAUAAGCAAGCGAGAAAAAUUAAGGAGAAAAUAAGAGGGUAGGAACAUUGUGGGCGUUUCGUGGGCGUGUCAUCGUUCUGGGCGAAUCAGCUUUCUCAAUCUUGUAUCACAUGACUAAUUCAAAUCGUCAUAGGCGGGAAGCAGCAUUACACGUCAUCCCUACGUCAAAUAAAACGUUAUAAAACGCGUCGAGGAUACGUUUAUGCCAUAUAUGGAAGUUAUGGAUACGUUUGUGCCAUAUAUGGAAGUGUCACUGCAUCCAGCUUAUGACAACGAUGUUCCUACCCUCUUAUUUUCUCCUUAAUUUUUCUCGCUUGCUUAUUAUUUUGCCAGGAGGGGCGGCAAUGCCGUGCAGCAUGUAGAUUGGGACGAGUAAACAAGGCGAUGGCAGACGAAGCAGAUAUGGAAUUUGUUUCGAAUAUUAAAGAACUAUUUAUGAAACAAAAUAAGAAGUUAUGAAUAUUCUGAUCUUUUAAACAUAAUUAUAAUACAUGAGUACGUACAAUACCAUUUCUAACUUUCUAUUUAACAACACUACACCUGUCCUAUUGCCCGUGAUUCUACAAAGCCCCCAGCAAAGUCAUUAUGCUCAAAAGAUAAAAGCACUGCAAAAUCCUUUAGGCAACAAAAGCAGAUUCGAAGACCGCAAAGACGCUCGUGAAAGGAACCGUCAGGUCAAACAAACGAGUACCCUGUAUAGACUGGAUCCAUUCUUCGACCUGGUAGGACUCCAUCGAGUUGGUGGCCGUAUACUGUACGCCGAGCAUCCCUUCCGUAUAUAUGAUGAUAAGCAUCCUGUGAUUAUUCCUAAGAGCAGUCAUAUCACAGUGCUAAUUACUCAUCAUUAUUAUGAAAAAUUCGUCCAGCAUCCAGGUCGUGGAAUUACGUUGAAUGCCAUUCUACAAGCUGGUUAUUGGAUAACCAACGGACGAUAAAGGAUAUUAUGUUUCAUUAUAUGGCACGUGUAGCACAUUAUAUUUCAAAUUGUGUCACAUACCGAAAGUUGCGUCGUGCAAACCUCACACAAAAGAUGUCUGACCUCCCCGAAGAGCGUUUGAAACCAGCUGCGCCGUUUUUUUAUACUGACAUGGAAUUUGAUCCAUGGCAUAUCAAAGAUGGACGAAAGACUGUGAAACGAUACGGUUUGAUCUUUACUUGCCUAUGUCCCGUGCAGUUCAUCUAGAGACACUCAAUUCUAUGGAAACUGACUCAUUCAUCAACGCUUUGAGGCGAUUCAUCAACCGACGUGGGAAAGUCCGUGAAUUACGUUCGUAUCAAGGAACAAGCUUCGUCGAGGCCAAGAAUGAACAACUUCAGCUCUAGACAAACUCAACUGAGAUCGUAUCCACGAUUUGUCAGUGGACGGUUCGCUAUGAACGUAAAGUUAAAACUACAAUUGUCUCCAACAUUUUUAUGUAUAAUAUCCAUACGUACAGUAAUAGGAUGGCUUCUCGUGAAAUUUGGAUAAAACUCAUGAGUUUUUCAAAGAUUUUGAUGCUCUUUGAAAAACUCACUCGUGCAUGGUUUAUCCAAAUUGCACUCGAAACCAUCCUAUUACCUAUACCAAAUAUGAAUCAAAGGGAAAUAUACACGGAGCUAUGAAAUAACAGUUCUUUGCAGUUUGCAGAGUAUGUAUAGGAAAUAUUUUUGGGACUUCUACAAAUUCAUUUCAAUUUUAUUUUAUUUCAGAUAUUCAGCAUAAGUUGUUUAAAGAAGUCCCAGUGGGGUGGCGAGACAGCAAUUUGUGAUAAUCGUGACUUCCAUGUAAAGUUAGACCCAGCAUUUGUCCAGAAAUGCGAAGAUAGAGAAAUUCGUUAUUGGAACUGUCUACACAGUAAGGAUAGUUAUAAAAAUCGUUAUCAAAGCUGGCAAAUGCGUUUUAAAACCGAAGAUAAGGAUAACGUAAACGAUUUUUUAAAAAGCCAAAAUUAUCAUUAUUCCUGGGAAGAGAACACUUUGUUUUACUGGAAAAAUUUAUCGCCCACUAAAGCACACCCCAUAAGCGGGAAACAACUGUGGUUUAAUCAGUUAUCAAGUGUUCAUGCAAGUUACUAUGAUGAUAUUCCAAGCUAUGAAGACCUGAGGUUGGCUUACAAAGAGUACCCAGCUCAUACAACGUACGGGGAUGGAGAAGAAUUUGCAGAACAUGAAAUUGACAAUCAUCGACGUUGUAUUUGGGAAAGUGCUGUUGGAUUCGACUGGCAAAACGGCGAUAUACUCUUUUUAGAUCAAAUGAUAGUUCAGCAUUCGAGACUAAGUUUUCAGGGCGAUAGGAGAGUUGGUGUUAGUCUCCUCAAUUACUGA